UUUGUUGAAUCAGCUUUAUCAGCGUUAAAAAAAAGGCCGCUACUUUAUACUAGUGGCAACAUUAAUCUCCGAAUUUGGGAUUUACUAUUUUACUCAUUGAUAAGUUGCGCAUCUCAUUGAAUAAAGUUAUCAUGUCAUUCAAUUCAGUCAUUCAUUUGGUUUUUAGAACUAAUCGCGGUUUGACGUCUCCCGACGUUAUAAGUUUGUUUGUUUACAUCUUUUAUUUUGUAAAGUAUAAAUAGCUGUUAAAAUUUAAUGCUUGUCAAUUUCAUGUGAAUAAAAUAAAUAUAACAGUAUUCUAUCUACCACGUGUGGCUGCUCAAACUGCAUAGCUAAGUAAACGGGGUGAUUAGUUGAAUACGAUACCUACGAUAGUCGAGAGUUCCAGGAAAUAUACAUAUAUAAAUUGUCGAAAUGGCUCCGCGGUGUGGGGUGUGUUUGGAGGACAACGUCGAAGCAGGCCAUGAGCAAUCGCAGAAGCAUUUGAAGAACUUACUCUUGGACCAACUUGGGAAAAUCAAUAAGAUUUACGCAGAGAACAGAAACGGAAUAGUGGUGUCCAGUACCGUGACCCCCGUAGCGUAUAACGCAGCACCGCUUCACGUCAACACGGAGCAAUCUGUUCUCAAAGUAUCUGUAAAACCGCGCGAAGGAGUCAACUUUACAUUUAAAAUAAAGAACGACAAUGCCGAGGGCGAUAUUAUCUUCCGAGGAAUCUCGAUUCCUAACAACAAGUUCAACUUCACUCUUCUCAGCGAAGACUUAAAUUUCGGUUCUGUAAGCUGCCGCAUACAUCCUAGGACAUUAAUGGAGGAAGAAGUAUGCGUUACUUUCGAGAACAGUGUCAAUGGCGUGUACAAGCAGCCUGUGUACUUCAUAUUCAUCCACGCGGAUACCGAGGAGUACACUGUGAUCCUAAAGGAGAUGCUGGUGUUCGUAGAGGCCGUGAAGAGAAAGCAUGAGAAGGUGGACAGUCCGUACACGCUGCAGCCGGUACUGGCUGAUAAACUGGAGAGGACCACUGCACACAAGAAGGGAGAAGAUGAUGUCUUCGUAAUACCAUCAAAAGCUUUGAAGAAAAUGUUCGCCCGAGACUUGAAAGUCGACAAUGAAGAUGUCACCGACGAGGAGAAAGCUCUAGCCGAAAAAGUCAAGGCUAUUUUCGAAGCUGGACCGGACGAAUUAAACUACAUACAGUUUUUCCAUAAUUUACUGUGGUAUGAGGAAACCGUUAUUGCGGCUAAUUUGAAGAAUUACAACAUGUCUGGGGUGAUGCUGAAACGCAGUCUUACAGGCAAAUCGUAUUCGUUGCUUGUACCUGGGCUGGCCGAGAAGCGACCGUCGCUAAUGCUAGGAGAUUUGGUCUACGUCAGACCUCACAACAAAACUGAAGUGAUGUAUGAAGCCAUCAUCACCGACAUUCUGGACAACUACGCGCAAUUCAGCAAGAUAUCUGAUAAGUUCCACAAGCUUUACAAAAGCGAUGAAAAGUUCGAUAUUCGUUUUUGUAUGUCACGCAUGCCUUUGGAGCGCAUGCAUGUGGCAGUAGACGAUAUGCUGCGCCAGCUUAUGCAAACCAAGACCUUCCCGAAGGGCAACGAGCGGGUACCUCCCAUCAAACGCAUCUCCAACUUCUACAACCCGCUGAUCGCGAACAACCCGGAGCAACAUGCUGUCGUGGAACACAUCGUAGCUGGGAGCAGUGGCACUGCUCCUUAUUUGCUGCACGGGCCGCCCGGCACCGGCAAGACGGUCACCAUAGUGGAGGCCAUACUGCAGCUGGCAAAGACCCGCACCAACCGCAUAUUGGUGUGCACCGACUCCAACAUGGCGGCCGACCACGUGGCCACGUUGCUCAUCCAGUACGCGGACAAGUUUCCGAAGGAAGAGUUCCUUCUUCGGGCCAACUCUGAGUUCAGAGUAUGGGAAACUAUGCCAGCGAUCCUGGGCCCCUACUCCAACGGCACGAGCCGCCAGUCUUGGACCAGGGUAACCAUCGCCAAGUUCAUGACCUAUAGCAUCGUGAUCACCACGCUCGUCCACGCCGCCAAGUUUGCCAAGGACCUAAAGCAGAAGAAGCACGAACGCGUGACCACGCACGUGUUCAUCGAUGAGGCCGCGCAGGCCAGCGAGCCGGCCAGCCUCAUCCCGCUCUGCGGGCUCCUGCAGCCUGGCGGGGCGCUGGUCCUAGCCGGGGACCCGCUGCAGCUGGGCCCCGUCGUUAUCUCCCGGGAGGCCAGCAAGCUGGGGCUCGGUGAGUGUUCUAACAGUCCCGAGCCGGCCAGCCUCAUCCCGCUCUGCGGGCUCCUGCAGCCUGGCGGGGCGCUGGUCCUAGCCGGGGACCCGCUGCAGCUGGGCCCCGUCGUUAUCUCCCGGGAGUCCGUGAUGUGCUCCACCCACCUGUUCAUCGAUGAGGCCGCGCAGGCCAGCGAGCCGGCCAGCCUCAUCCCGCUCUGCGGGCUCCUGCAGCCUGGCGGGGCGCUGGUCCUAGCCGGGGACCCGCUGCAGCUGGGCCCCGUCUCCGUGAUGUGCUCCACCCACCUGUUCAUCGAUGAGGCCGCGCAGGCCAGCGAGCCGGCCAGCCUCAUCCCGCUCUGCGGGCUCCUGCAGCCUGGCGGGGCGCUGGUCCUAGCCGGGGACCCGCUGCAGCUGGGCCCCGUCUCCGUGAUGUGCUCCACCCACCUGUUCAUCGAUGAGGCCGCGCAGGCCAGCGAGCCGGCCAGCCUCAUCCCGCUCUGCGGGCUCCUGCAGCCUGGCGGGGCGCUGGUCCUAGCCGGGGACCCGCUGCAGCUGGGCCCCGUCUCCGUGAUGUGCUCCACCCACCUGUUCAUCGAUGAGGCCGCGCAGGCCAGCGAGCCGGCCAGCCUCAUCCCGCUCUGCGGGCUCCUGCUGCCUGGCGGGGCGCUGGUCCUAGCCGGGGACCCGCUGCAGCUGGGCCCCGUCUCCGUGAUGUGCUCCACCCACCUGUUCAUCGAUGAGGCCGCGCAGGCCAGCGAGCCGGCCAGCCUCAUCCCGCUCUGCGGGCUCCUGCAGCCUGGCGGGGCGCUGGUCCUAGCCGGGGACCCGCUGCAGCUGGGCCCCGUCGUUAUCUCCCGGGAGGCCAGCAAGCUGGGGCUCGGUAUCUCCCUGAUGGAACGCCUGAAGAGAGACUGCGCCCUCUACAGCGACGAUCGACGAGAUCCGAACUACAUCAUGAUGCUCAAAAAGAACUUCCGAUCGCACCGCGACAUCCUCAGCAUCCCUGACGAGCUGUUCUAUCACGGACAACUGGAGGCUAUGGCGCCAGUGGACUACAUCAGCAGCGUAGACAUCCUGGGAGAGAGGACAUCCAGCAGGGCCAUCGUGUUCUACGGGGUACCCUCACAAGAGCAGAGGAUCGGGAAGUCACCGAGCUUCUACAACGACUCGGAGCUAGAAGUGGUACAGAGGCAUAUAACAGCGCUGCUGGAGGUGCACCGCGUGGCUGAGGCGGAUAUAGGCGUGGUCACGCCCUAUAUUAGACAGGUGUACAAAAUAAAGCAGUGGCUGAAAGCGCUUGAGCUGAACAUCGAAGUGGGCACCGUGGAAGGUUUUCAAGGCAAGGAGAAGCGCAUCAUCCUCGUGUCCACCGUGCGGGCCAAGUGCGAGCUGCUGGCACACGAUGCCAAGUUCCGCCUGGGCUUCCUUGUCGACGCCAAGCGCUUCAAUGUCGCUCUAACUCGCGCCAAAGCAAAACUGAUCGUCAUCGGCAACCCGUCCUGCCUCCAGAAGGACGCCAAAUGGCACCGCUACAUCACCAGGUGCCGCGAGCUCGGCACGUACUGCGGUUUCGACUUGCGGGAAACGGAAGCUGAUGAAACCGAGGCUAUAGACCAGAUCACGCAGAUUCUGCGGCUGACUAAGGCGCUGGAGAAUAUGAGGGUGUGAAUGCAGAACGUUUGUGACCGAACACACGAAAUGUCUCACUUUGACGCUUGCCAUAAUGACGAGAUUUGCUUGUAUCUUUAUACGAAUAACCUGUCAAGGCGUCUUUAUUGGCAAACGACAAUGUGGGACGUUUUAUAUUAUCUAGUGUCCAAGGCAGUUAUACCGUAAAGGUGCUUGGCACACUGGUUCCGAUUCGCACGUCGUUCCGAUGUGCGAGCGAGAUGUCACUAUAAUACGAGUAUAGCACUAUAAUACGGGUAUAGCGUUGUCUCGCUCGAACAUCGGAGUGACGUGCGAGUCGGAUCCAGUGUUAUAAGAGCCUAUAGUCCAGUACUACAUCGAUGGUCCACGUGCUCAAUAAGUAAUUAAAUAUCAAUACUAAUGUUAUUUUUGGUUUAGUCUGAUUUUUUUCUUUCAUUAUAAACAUAUUACACCAUGGAACUACAAAAUUGAAAUAAUAAUCACACCUGAACGAAGUUAUUAGAUUCUCUUAAUUAUGGCCUAGUGAUUGUACG